AAUGGGGACACACGAAUGCAGAAGCUUUCACAGACUACUACACACUCCAGAAAACCCAUCAAUUGUUUUCAAGGGACAAUAUUAUCUUUCUCAGUUUAUCCUUAUUAUUAUUAUUAUUCCUUCUUCUCGCUUCUCGAACUUGAUUGCGUGCAGGUUUUCUGGGAUCAAAAAAUCUCAUAAAAAAGGUUUUCAUGGAAUCUCCACAAUCUGUUGUGUCACCAUUCAAGGCCUCAUCUCUCUAUCCUGAACCCGAAAACCGGAACCUCAAUCUUUUCACGAAAAACCCGAACCCCACAACGAAAAAACCCGAGCCCGAAUUAGUUCUUGGUGUUCUUCAGGUUCAUAUUCACCAAGCUAGAGACAUUCAAAACAUAUGCAUAUACCACAAGCAAGAUGUUUAUGCCAAAAUUUGCAUCACAAGCAACCCUGAAAAGUCAGUCACCACUCAAACCAUCAAUGGUGGUGGUCAAAAUCCGGUUUUUAACGAAACCCUUCAAAUCAAUGUUCCGACGAUUGAUUCUUCACUUAAGUGUGAAAUAUACAUGUUGAGCAGGGUGAGGAAUUAUCUUGAAGAUCAACUGUUAGGGUUUGCUUUGAUCCCUUUGUCCGAAAUCCUGAUAAAAAACGGAAAGUUAGAAAACGAGUUCACUUUAUCUUCCACUGAUCUUUUCCACUCGCCGUCCGGUUUUGUUCACUUGUCGUUAUCGUACACCGGAGCCUCCCCUGACGUAAUCGCGAUCUCACCGCCACCUGCGGGUGAACGAGUUGCCACCGAGUCGGAACUAGCUGAAUUCGACAAGAUUGAGUUCCCGGAUCCCAAGAUUGCGAACGAAAACCAUAUGAUGGUGAGCGAGUACUAUGGUCUUAGCUCGGAGAGUUUAGUCUCAUCCGACACCGAUGAUCAAACCGAACCACACAUUGUGGAACAAACGGUUGAAGUUCCAAAACCCGAGUCCCCACCUACAAGUGUGUCAACUAAUGAAUCUCAAUGUGCGAGUCAAGAAUACGAUUCGCCUCUGAAAGAAAAGGAAAACCCCGCGAAGAACGGUGAUCUUGAAAGUGAGAAUCUGGUGAAGAAGCCGAUUGUGACGAUCAACACCGAUUUUGAUCAGAAAGUGGUGCAGCAGGACUUUGUGGAUCUGUACAUGAAGAGUAUGCAACAGUUUACUGAAUCGUUGGCGAAGAUGAAACUCCCGUUGGAUGUGGUGGAGAAAGAGGGGCCGGAUUCUGGGAAGUCGGGUUCGGACCAGAAGAUUCAGACGCCCAAUGGGUCGCAGGGUCGGGUGUUUUAUGGGAGUCGGGCUUUCUUUUAAAGUGUUUGUGAUUCACAGGUGACAGACAAACUAGGGGUUAGAAUAAAAAAGACCCGUGAUUAAUACUCUUUUAAUUUAUGUAUGUAUGUAUGUAUGUAUGGAUCGAUGUGUUUUAACCUCGGUGUUUAUGGAGUUUAGUCUUUGUUUACCACUGAAUACGUGUUACUUUGUUUAGCUCUUAAUAAUGACUCUUAAUGGUUAAAGACCUUUUACUGGUUCAA